AAACUUAGUAAGUGCUUUGCAGGAGAAGCGUAAGCAAUUGGCAGGGAUGGAUGGCAAGGAUAUCAAAGCACACCUUAGCUCCAAUCGAUGACCAAUCUCAAUUCUACCCCGCCAUCAAUGGCACCUCGAGCUCCAUAUGCUUUCUUGGUAAAGAUUACCUCAUUAUAUAUAAAGAUAUAAAGAGUAAUAACGUCGCCUGUUUUCUUCAUUGCCAUAAAUUCAUGCUUUCUCGACUUCUUCAAUUAUCUACCCAGCUUCCAACUCUUUCAAAGUUACCAAUACGAGCUUUCAGUUCUAUUAAAUCUACAAAUAUGGUUCGUUAGCCUCCAAGCUCCUUAAUGUCUGGAAACCCGAUAGCUCUGAAGCUCUUAGGAAGUAUAUAAGCAGUUGAAAUAAUAGCUGACGUGCGAAACAUAUAGUCUGAGCAAAAAAUCACCCAGUGGGUUGCACUUAAUGAUAAAUCUGGAGAAUUCAAACGAGGCCAAUCCCAAUUUCGAAAUUUCAUCAAGAAAGGAGGGGAGUUCCCACCGGAGAAAGGAAGAUACCAUCUCUACGUAACUACACCCUCCCAGGCCAAGCUUUUCUCCCGACUAAUCAAAAACACCAUUAGGUAUCUUAUGCUUGUCCAUGGGCACAUCGCACGUUGAUUGUACGCAAACUCAAGGGCCUUGAAGAUAUCAUUCCAUAUACUAGUGUACAUUGGCAUAUGCAAGAAAAAGGAUGGAGAUUUGCGACUGCUGAAGAUGAUAUCUCCGGUGACAACGUUACUGCAUCUCCAGUUGAAGCCCAUAAAGGUUUUACGCAUUUGAGAGAGAUAUACUUUCAGGUUGAUCCAGAAUAUACUGGCAGGUUCACAGUUCCGACUCUUUAUGAUGUGAAGCAGGGAAAGAUUGUUAGUAAUGAGAGUAGUGAAAUUAUUAGGAUGUUUUAUACCGAGGUUGGUUUUAAUUUACUUGUUCCUGUCAUUCUUUCAAAAUUUGGGGUUAGGUGCUGAUAUUAAAAUAGUUUGAUGAUAUUAUUGCUCCGGAAUACAAGAAUGUCGAUCUCUUUCCUGCAAAUCUACAGAAAGAGAUUGAAGCUACGAAUGAAUGGACUUACAAUGAUAUCAACAAUGGUGUCUAUAGAUCUGGUUUCGCUACUAAGCAGGAAGCUUAUGAUAAAGCUGUUACUCAACUCUUCACAUCCUUGGAUCGUGUAGAGAAACAUUUGAGUGAGAACGAGGGACCUUAUUAUUAUGGAAAGAAUAUUACCGAAGCGGAUGUCAGGUUAUUCACAACAAUCAUCAGAUUCGAUGUCGUUUAUGUCCAGCAUUUUAAGGUAUGUGUCUACUCGAUUCAACGCAUUGAAUGUAUGUGAUGAUAGCUAAUGUGUUAAAGACAAACAUUCGGGACAUCCGAUCGGGAUAUCCGUAUAUCCAUAAAUGGUUGAGAAAUUUGUAUUGGAAUGUUUCAGCAUUUGGAGAGACAACUGAAUUCACUCAUAUCAAGAACCAUUAUACAAAGAGUCACACUCAGGUAUGUACCCCUUUUCCUUUCAUGGCCAUGUUGUAUACUAAUUUCAAUCUAGAUCAAUCAAUUUAGUAUCGCUCCUCUGGGACCUGAACCACCUAUUUUGAGGGAAGAUGAAGAAGUUCCAGCUGUAAAAUAUGCUCUGAGUUUGAGGAAGUGAGUCGGACGAGAUGUAGUAUAAUGUGGAUUUUCUUGGGAAAUGGCUAUUGAUGAAAAGCGUACGGAGUAAGGCUGUAAUAAUAUGAUGAAUCUAUAUACAAUCCGAUUCCAGUUUGAGC